ACUUCCAUUUCCUGGUACAGUCGGCGGCGGAUCAGCUGCAUCCCAAACACCACAGAGUGAGCGUCCCCGUCGGGUUUCUCUUCGUCUUGGCACACUCCAAACUACCAGGCUACCAUGUCCCGAUAUGCUGCAUUUGUUUUAUUCCUAUUCCUCGGGUUCGAAAUCUACCUCUCACAAGGUAUUGAGGUGAAAGUCAACGACAAAGAUGACAAGUUAUGUCUCUACGCCAAUCUAAUGGUCAACUUCUCAGUUGAAUAUGAAACAAAGGACAAUAAGAAUGUCACAGCUGAGUUUACGAUCCCUGAUGCUUUCACAUCAAGUGGAAGUAGCUGUGAUACAAAAACCUCAACGCUGAAGAUUAACUUUGGAGAUGGGCACUCAUGGAGCGUUAACUUCAGCUUGAGUAAUAAAACAUACCAGGCAGACUCCAUCACCUUUUCCUACAAUCUCAGCGACUCAACCAUCUUCCAUGAUCCUUUAUCAAAUGACACCGUGACUGUCAACACGCAGCCUCACAUUUCAGAUGUAGUUAUGGACACCUGCUACUCUUGCAAGAGUAAAGAAAUAUUUACAACUGAUGCAGUCAGUCAGACUCUGUGGAACGUCCUCAUACAGGCUUUUGUCGUCAACGGCUCCAAGAGUGAAAACAUUACCUCCUGUUCUGCUGACAUACCUGUGACCCCCACCACUGUUGCUCCCACCACUGUUACCCCCACCACGCAUACCACUGCUGCUCCUGUCACAAACGUCACCACCCUGCCUCCCACUACCCCAACCCCAACCCCUCCCCCCGCCAUACCCCCAACUGGGAGGUACAGCAUCAAGCCAGAUGAGAACAGCACAGAAGCCUGUCUGUUGGCUGACUUUGGCCUGCGGAUUGGUUUGAAGCAAGGAGAGAAAUAUGAGGAGAUGAAUCUUGACACUAAUGGGACCAAAGUCUCUGGAUUCUGUGGCGUCAACAACAGUGAGCUGGUACUGGAGUUUGCCACAGUGACCAUGGUGUUCUCUUUCAUCAAUGAAUCUCAGAGAUUCCGCCUCCAUGCUCUAAAUGUCACCGGAAAGAUGAGCUCUGGUGUGGCGUUUUCAGAAGUGAACACCAACCUGAGUCUGUGGGAGACGGCUCUGGGCAGCUCCUACAUGUGUAACAAAAAGCAGAACGACACCAUCACCAACCAGCUCAGUCUCUUCACUUUCGACCUUCGAGUGCAGCCUUUUGGAGUCAAAAAGGGUGUUUUCAGUACAGCCCAGGAAUGUUCAGGGGAUGACACCAGCAUCUUAAUCCCAAUCAUUGUUGGCGCUGCUCUGGCUGGCUUGAUUCUCGUUGUAGUGAUCGCUUACGUGAUUGGUCGAAGAAAGACAUAUGUUGGAUAUCAGACCCUAUAAAAUCAGUUUGUAAUCACUCCUGAAAUAUCACGGGGUUCCCAAGCCUGGUCCUUUGGUUUCAUGUGAAGAUGUUAAAUUGGGACAUGGUUAGUUUAUCUAAGAGUUGAAACAGAUUUCCUGAACAGAAAAUGUUGUGAAAGGUUGCUUUUGUCUGGUUGACUGUUAAAGUUAUCACUCUGAGAUAAGACCUGCAGCAUUUUCAGAUGAUGUUAUUCAGUAAAAAGCAAAGUCCAUGUAGAUAUGGAAGCAUCAGGGUUUCUCCUCAAGGACCAAACUUGUUUACCCCCUGUUUUGUGUUUUUUUUUUUGUUUGUUUUAUUGUGUUUUCUGGAUGUUUUGUCUUCCCUUUUUGUUGUCGUUUGUAAAUGGGCAAGUGUCAGAUCCACAGAAACCUUUUUUAGUACAAUUAAAAUUGGCACUUUCAUACAAAAAGCAAGCUAUCACCAACACAUUCAUCAUGCAGAGCACAAGUUUCUUGGACUUCUACAGUUACAGUAUCUGAACAUAGAUUUCUGUAACAUGAUGUGUGGUUUAAGUUAAAUGCUGUUUCUCCAGGUGCAGGAUCAUACACUUGCUUUAAAUACAUUCCCUUUUGUUUGCUUUUGUGAUUAUUUCAUCUAUAUGCACAUUUUAGUUUUUGCUGCCUUAAUGAUUUGACUUUCCAUCCCCAUAUAAUAAAUUACAGUAUCCUCGUGUCAGGGAGACAGUUUCCAUAGCGGCCAAUAGAAUUAUCUUUACAAAUAAGAAGAGUAGGAGUUCUUAUUCUCAGAAAUUCAUUAACGUUGAUGAAGGUCUCCUCAUUUGGAAAAAGAAUUCAAAGGAGAUUUUUUUUCCCCUGUAGAGCAGGAGGAAUACAUGUGCUGUUUAUUCAACUCUGUUAGUGUGAAAUCUGAAUGUGGAAAAAGUAACCAUUUUCAACAAUAAUAGACCUUUGACAUGUUGGGCAGGAAAAGUGUAGAUACAACUAUAAACGUACAUACAACAGUUAAUUUGUUUUUAAUGUGUCACAAUGAGUCGGUGUGCACCAAACUCGCUCCCUUCAACUCACAAAAUGAUGUGAAAUUAAGCCAUUUCUUAUGUUAUUAAUUAUAUUUAUCCUUUUCUUGUUCCAAUAUGUCAAGUUGUCUGAUGUGUAAAAGUUGUUUUUUUUUUUUUUUUUUUUUUUUUUUUUUUUUACACUUGCACAAUCUCAAAUCAGAGAGAAUCAGAAUCUCAAAAAGGUCAGCUGUUUUAUUUGAGAGCAUUACAUGUUUUGGCAUUAGGUUUAGAAAAGGGAUAGUUUUAUUAUGUAGAUAUUCCCUUUGGGCACAGAUAACGCUGAGCAGAGGAUAUUUACAUAUGAAUGCACUAAGGCACUCAUUGCAUUAUGCAUAUAUUGAAAGUGUGUCACAUUGUUUCACCUGUGUAUAGGUUUAGUCUGGGCUCUGAAGGCUGCAGCUGGAUCUGGGGACGUUAAAGCCCCUGGAGACCUGGUUUCAAAUCGUAAAGUCUCUACGACAUUUCGCAUUUACUGAGAAAACAGGACAGUCAUGAUUCAGAGAAAAACAUGUCCUCAGGUCUGUUUCUUCCAGGAGGAGUUUUUACUCUUCCUGGAAUAGUUCAGACACAAGAUUAGACUGCUGACAUUCCCUAAAUAAUACAAAAAACCAAACUUCUGCAUCAGGAAGUAGCAAAUGAAUUCCCUCUUUAUAUAGUGUAGGCCACUUUAAUUAAUCAAAACGUAUUGUAUCUGUAUUGUCCUCAAAUUUCGUUUCCUACAGUUUCAUUCAUUAUUAUCCAUUGUAAUUACGCUGUAGGGUUUUUAUGCAUCUGUUCUGAUUGGUCCACUGAGUCAAAUGUAAAAUCUAAAAUGACCAAAACUUUAGGCAGAUUAUUUUGAACCGCAUUCCCCUAAUAAGAAAACAGAGAUGAGGUGUUCAGAGCCUUUGUUGGUGCCGGUUGCAGUGAAGCAGUAUCAGGGGUAUAUUCCAGCUUCUGAAUACGUGUAUUUGUAACGAUAGUAAGCCGAUGUGACACGCGAUAGCUGCUGUGUAUUGUUGCUUUACACCAGAGUGCUGCGUACUGUCAGCCCUGUUCCAGCUCUACAGGACUUGAGCUACGCUGGCAGAAAUUGACUUUAAAUAUGAGAACAGUUAGAGCUAUGUUGCUUAAAACAUUUCAUCUCCCAGGAUGUUGUAUUUGUGUAUGAAUAAUUGAGCUUUGAUUUUUGCUGUCUUGUGUAUUUUGGCUUUAUUCAAACUGUGUAGCCUUAAUUACAAGGAUGGUUUUGCAGCAUGAGUAUAAAGGUUAAUGUUCACAACAUUCACCUCAGUUAAUCUAAACAACAGGUAUUUGUAUGUUCUGUGGUAUGUCAUGCACUUUCUUGUUUCUAAAGUUAUGAUUCCCCUCAUUUAAUUGUCCAGUCUCUAAAAAAAAAAAAAAAAAAAAAAACUGUUUAUUAAAGGGAAUUUGUGCUGCAGGACCAUCCUGAAAAUAUCAGUUAAUGUGUGUUGUCAACUCAAAUGACUGCUGAUUUCAUCUCCAUCUUGACGCUGUUGGCUGCAUUAAACUGGAUUGCACAUUGUGUCAGAUUGAAAUGGAGCAUUUUAGUAUUUUUGUGCAAAUAAAAAUGCAUUGGUGUCCAGGA